UGGAUCAACAAGGACGCGGUAUAUAUUAAGGGUCACCCACGUUCACUUGACGACGUUCCUACACUGUUGUGCUGUUCUAUCGACUAUCAAUAAUACUAGUACUCCCCAUACUUCCUGCAACCACCGCCGAUAUACGACAUCAGUUGCACGAAAAGAGCACAAAGACGCUCAAAAUGGCCGAUGCAAUCGUGCUCACGCUCAACGCCGACGCGGGAAGGAAUGACUGGAGUUCCGUGGGACACUCGGUGGCUUGAACACGACCGAUGGACUUCCACUCUGCGAGGCACAGCGCAUGAGGGGCCUUUUGCUCGUCCUGUCGCCGUGUCCGCAACAGGUGCUUCACUGCGUCGAUGCACUGUUUCUCGCACACGUACGCAUGGUACUGCCUGUUAUCAUGAUCGCCACACAGAGGAGUCAUGGUGGCUUCCACCGGCGAGCAGCUCACUGCCACGAUGUCGUCUUGGUACCGAUGCGCUGCUGGCAUCGUUGCGUUCUCCGGAUGAAGCGUUUUCAUCGUGAUGGCUGCCAUGUGGCGAGCCGAUGAGGUGUGUAGAAGGGAUGCGAGGACUGCGAGGACAAGCAUGAGGAAGGACAGGUUGUUGAUGUGCAUGGCGACGAUGUGAAGGAAGGGGCCGCGGCGAGGCGAUCUGUUGUGGGUUACGACAAU